ACAGACAGACAAGACAGAGCGAGGGACAGAGCUGUGUGAAUGGACGAGGGACACAGAAAGAAGACAAGGGCCUCUGUUACCUAACUAAACCUGGAAAAAACAACAGCCAGUCUUGCUGAAGGAUUAACUCCCUGUCCGUGCUAACAUGGCCCUCCCCUCGGUGAUGGUCUUGCCCCUGCUAAUAGUCGUGGCGGCAGGGGUGUAUUACAUCUACAAUGAGGUCAUUCAGUUCAUGUCCAAGUCCUUAGUCCGAAACAAAGUGGUGGUGAUCACUGAUGCUGUGUCCGGGGCGGGAACUGAGUGUGCCCAUCUCUUCCAUAAGGGCGGUGCCAGACUUGUCCUGUGUGGGACUAGCUGGGAUAAGCUGGAGUCUCUGUAUGACUCUCUGACCAAUGACGCGGACCCCAGAGAGACGUUUGCCCCAAAGCUGGUGAUCCUGGACUUCAGUGAUAUGCACAGCAUGGAGGACGUGGUGGCUGAGGUGGUGGAGUGCUACGGCUGUGUGGAUGUGUUGAUCUGUAACAGCAGCAUGAAGCUGAAGGCCCCGGUGCAGAGCGUCUCCCUGGAGCUGGACAGAAACAUCAUGGACAUUAACUACUUCGGCCCCAGCACUCUGGCUAAAGGUGUUCUUCCAACAAUGAUUUCAAGAAGAUCGGGGCACAUUGUGCUGGUCAACAGCAUCCAGGGGAGGCUGGCUGUCCCAUUCAGAAGUUCAUAUGCUGCAUCUAAGCAUGCGGCACAGGCCUUCUUCGACUGUCUGCGGGCUGAAGUGGAGGAGUAUGGGAUAGUCGUCAGCACCAUCAGUCAUACCUUCAUCAACGCCUCCGACCCGACGCCUGUCGAGGAGGCUGCACCUAAACCGAACACCCUGUCCGCAUUUAUUGCCAAGCAGAUGACCCAUGGUGUGCGCCCGUCAGUUCUGGCCAAUGAGAUUAUGCAAACGGUGAACAGGAAGAGGAAGGAGGUUUUGCUGGCCCACCCCAUCCCCAGGGUGGCCCUCUGCCUCCGCUCCCUUCUCCCCUCCUUCCUCUUUGCCGUGCUGGGUGCUGGAGUGAAGGACUCGGUCCUGGGUGAGCAGCUGCAGUAGGAGGGAAGGCUGAAAUACAGGAUGGGAUCAUACAGAGAUGUGAACUAAAGCAUGUAUUGUUUGGAAAUGGUAGAUGUGUAAAAGUAUGUACUAGAUCACUUGCUGGGCUUCAGGGUCAUCAUGCGGCAAUUGGUUUGUGGUGGUUAUUUAAAUUUUGAUAAUUAAAGUUAUAAUUCUGAAGAUUUUCAUGAAAAUAAACCCUGUCUUUCAUGCCAUUUUUAAGAAUAGAUUCAAUAAGUACAAAACCAACAGCAAAUCAAAUAAAUGUAAUAAAUAUUCAUCUUGC